AUGCGUGCGAAAACGUCUAACCGCAUAGCUUCGCUGGUGUCUCCUUGUGCAACGACUUCGAGGAUCUUGACAACGCCAACAUUGUCACCAUCGACAGAGGUGGUUGUGGAGAUGGCGAAGGAAAGAUGGAGAGUUGACAAAUACGACAUAAUGAAAGGCCUAAUCCAUGUCCGAUCGAAGAAAGAAAACUCCUACGAAACUAAAAACAUUGUCGAUGGACAUUUGGAAGUUGAAAAGAGAUUGAACAGUGAUUUGAGGAGGUUUGAAAUGACUGAGGGAAUCAGAUUACAGGAUUUCAACAGAGACAAUGUUUUCCCGGAGAAAAGCGUCAUAGAUGGUGGAGAGAGUGAUGACAAUGGUGAUUAUUAA